AUGGACUACGGCCAUAGAUCGUCGUAUGGGAAUGGACAAGAAAUCACCAGAGACGUCAGAGUUGUCGUUUCUAUAGGGUUUUCAUAUGCUAAUAAGAAGAACCCGGAUAUACCUAAUACUUAUUUUAACGUCAAUAUCAACAGGCCAGAGCAAACAGGAGUAUUUAAGACGAAUUCAGCAUUGCUCUACGACGAGAAUUUUAAUGUAAUAAAAUGGGGUUACCCGGCAAUAGCGCAAGAACCUCGCAAGAAAACAAGAAGGGAUGCCAAAAAUCAAAUGAAACCAAUAAACGUAGAUCUGUUCAAACUGCACAUGGGCAAUAUACGUGAGGAAGAUCGACCGAGAUUACCUAAUGGCUUAACGUAUAAUCAAGCUUGUGCUGAUUAUUUGAGAGAGUUUAAUAAAGUCAUAAAAGAAAAAAUAACAGCACGAUGGCCAGGUAUACAAUACCCAAAACAAUGUUUAUUUGUAAUGACGGUUCCGGCCGAGUGGAACGACGAAACAAGAGGCAUUAUGCGUGAUAUCGCCGCUAAAGCAGGAAUCUUAGAGGACGUGUAUGCCGAUAAUCUAGAGUUUACCACCGAACCUGAGGCUGCUGCAGUUCAUUGUAUCUCAUCAUUGAAAGAGUAUGAUUUGCUUGUUGGAUCUUCGUUCAUGAUUGUCGACUGUGGUGGUGGAACAGUCGAUCUAACGACUCGAAUGCUCCUCCCAGGUAACCGCCUCUCUGAAAUAACUAUCCGGAGUGGGGAUUUUUGUGGCUCAUCAUUUGUCGACAAACAAUUUGUCCUGUUCAUCGGGGGCAAAUUCGGUCUUGCUGCCCUCAAAAAACUCAACGAACUUCACUACGGGCAACUGCAAUACCUUGUUCAACAUUUCUGUUCUAGAGUGAAGUUCUCGUUUAAUGGAAAUCCUGCCACAUAUAAACCCAGAUCGAUAGACAUAGAGUCAACUUGUCCAGCAGCAAUGGACUACGUAACAGGAGCAUUGGCGGACGCGAUGGACGCGGCAGAAUGGGAAAUUGAAUUGAGUUUCGAAGAUGUAAAGCGUAUGUUUGAUCCUGUUGUCAAUAGGAUAUUGGAACUAAUUCAGGCUCAACUUGUUGCGUCGAAUGGCCAGUGUCAAGCAAUAUUUAUGGUUGGUGGAUUUGCCGAGAAUCAAUAUUUACAAAAUAGAGUCAAGGAUACUUUUAGUAGUCAAGUACGGAUUAUUGCUGUGCCUAGGCAUCCGAUAGCUGCCGUAUCGCGUGGUGCUCUUGCAUAUGGCUUAAACAUGAAUCUCGUCCAGACACGCGUUCUAAAAUGGACAUACGGUGUGGAAACUUAUCAUGUCUGGAAGUCGUCCGACCCCGUUGAACGUCGUACCCCGCGCGGUUUCGUAAUGCACUUUAAACGUCUCGCUCAGCGUGGCUUGCAAGUAGCAGUCGAUCAGAAGUUCUCUUAUCAGGCGUCGAGUUUGAGCCCUCAACAAACGGAAAUGUUGUUUCAUGUAUUUGUUACGCAGAGCGAUGAUGCGGUAUAUUGUGACGAACCCGGUAUGAGGUUGUUGGGUAAAUUACAGAUUUACCUUUCUCCUCCUCGACAUCUCCAAGACAAUCGACAUGUUGAGUUUUCAUUGAUGUUUGGUAAAAUGGAAGUCAAAGCAAUCGCGCGAAACACAGACACUGGUGAAAUUUGCCAUACUUCAUUUGUGCUCGAUAUAUGA